AUGGACACAGGCCGUGACCUAUCUGAGUGUUUGAUGCUGCAACGGCAACUCGCCUUCUUUGUUGGCCGUGUCCUUGGGCCCUCAGCUAUACAGCCAAUAACUUCCACCCUUGAUGGCCAGCAGAAUGACGAGUCAUCGCAACCAAUAGCUACCAUCUCCACUGAAACGAGUAGCCUUAAUUUGGGCCAUAAGCAUAGCCGAACUGUUGGACAAGAACAAAGCUCGACGACUCAUUCCGCUGUAACAGGAAUGGGAAAAUAUGAA